AUGUAUGGACCGACAAUUGGGAAAGAAAGCCUACACAGAGAAACGAAUGAAAAUGGUAGUAAGAUGUUUGAAGAGAUGUUGAAUCAACAAGAAAAUAGGACCACAAUAGAAGUUAAUGUAACGGCGGAAGAACUAUUGGACAAACCAACGAUACAAGAAAUAGAAAUGGGAUUAGAAAUGCUGAAAAAUGGAAAGGCCCCUGGAAUUGAUGAAGUAGUCCCUGAAUGCAAAAAAAAGGAGGAAAGAAGCUGA